GCGCGUGCGCAGUCACGUCCAAGCGGUUGCUAGGAGAUCAGUGGCCCUAGUGAUGGAGCCGGAAUAAACUCAAGAGGGGAGGAUGCCACACAAGAUUGGUUUUAUCGUUAUAAGUUCAUCAGGACAUGAGGAUGGCUUCAGUGCAAAAGAACUGAUGGUCCACGCGCCAACUGUCAAUGGAUGGAGGUCACCAAGGCUCUGCCAGUACCCCCAAGAGAUCGUCCUUCAGAUGGUGGAGCGAUGUAGAAUUCGAAAACUGCAGCUGCUGGCUCACCAGUACAUGAUCUCCAGCAAAAUCGAGUUCUAUAUCAGCGAUAACCUACCUGAAUACUUUGCACCGCACAAGACAGAGAGGUUCAGAAGACUUGGCUAUGUGUCUCUCUCGGACAACGAGAAGACGAGCUACAAAGCCCGAGAACUGAAAUCCGUCUACGUGGACGCAGUUGGCCAGUACCUUAAGUUGACAUUCCACAAGAGCUAUGUCAACAGGUACAACUUGUACAGCCAGGUGGCUCUAGUCGCAGUAAAUAUCAUUGGCGAAGCUGCAGACCACAGCGGUAACUUCAGCCAUACGUCAAGAGAGAAGCUGAUUGACCAUUACCUCGGGAACAACCCGGAUGACUCGGCCUUAGAUGGAACACACAUGGGGAAGUCAGAUUCCAUUUCACCCCUGGAUGAUCUGGCUUUUGACAUGUACCAAGAUCCAGAGGUGGCUCAGAUCAUUCGGAAACUGGACGAGAAAAAAUACGAAGCGGUGCGGCACGAACAUUACGAUCAUGCCAAGAAACUCAAGCAAGCCAUUGCGGACCUGCAGAAGGUUGGGGAGCGGCUGGGGCGUUACGAGGUGGAGAAGCGCUGUGCGGUCGAGCGGGAGGACUACGAUCUCGCCAAGCAGAAGAAGCAACAGAUGGAGGACUACCGCUUGAGAGUUUACCAGCAGCUGGAACUGCAUAACCUCCUUGAUCCGGAUCUGACAAUUCGAAGGCCUGACUUCCCCCUGGAGCCGGUGGUUUAUCCUGCUGUUUCUCCUCCGCAAAAGAAGACCUUCCUUUCUCCUCAGCAGGAUAAGAUGGAAGCGGAUAACCCGGAGCCUCUGCCGCCUGAGAAGCCGCCAGAAGCUGUUUCUCCAGAGUCUCUCACUCAGCACUCUUUCUCUCCUCCUGUAGCCCAGGGACUUGUCUCACCUGAGGCUUUUCCAAAGAUAAGUGUCGAGUUCCUACCUUACGAUGAGAGGCCUCUUCCUGCUAUUCGUAAGCAGCAGGAAGAAGGGUUCGCCUGCUUCGAUCCUGAACCGAACGAGGACGAACCCAGCGAGACGCCGAGAAGCGGCAUCACAGGCGAGCCGGAGCCCUUGACGGAGAAAGCCUUGAGGGAGGCCGGGCCGGCUAUCGAAGUCUUUGGGGAAGCCUUGGUUGCUGGGGCCUACUCCAAAACAUGGUCCUACCGCGAAGAUGCAUUGCUUGCCAUGUACAAGAAGAUGAUGGAGAUGCCCAUCAGUACGCCGAAGGAGGAUCUCAAGAACUUGCUCAGGGCUGCCAUCUUCCUCGUAACAAGAGCCAUAAAAGACAUAGUCUCCUCCGUUUUUCAGGCUUCCUUGAAGCUUUUGAAAAUGAUCAUCACCAAGUACAUCCCCAAGCAUAAACUCGGGAAGCAGGAGACAGCUUACUGCGUGGAGAGGGUGUUUACCAAUCUCCUUUCCAGGACUGGAGACUCCUCGGCUCGCCUGCGCGUCGCCUCUGCCAACUUCAUCCAGGAAAUGGCGCUCUGUAUCGAAGUGAAGCCUCUUCAGAUUAUCCCCGCUCACUUGGUGCAGCCGCUGAAGUCCAAUUCCCCUACGCAUCUGGCGAUGAGCCAGGUGGACUUAGUGGAACGCUUGCUGAGAGAUCUCGGAACGGAUAACACCGGCUUUACUGUCGAUAAUGUCAUGAAGUUUGCAACAGCAACUCUGGAGCACCGCGUGUACGAAGUCCGAGAGACAGCCAUCCGGAUCAUCUUAGACAUGUACCGCCAGCACCAGGCUGUCGUCCUAGAUUACCUUCCUCCCGACGAUGCCAACACCCGCAAGAACAUUCUCUACAAGACACUCUUCGACGGGAUUGCUAAAAUCGACGGCAGGCUCCCAGAGGUCGACACAAAGGCGCAGAAAAAGGCGGCCGCAGAAGAAUCUGAGAAGCAAAAGAAAGAGGAGAUCAAAGCUUUGCAAGGUCAGCUGGCAGCGCUGAAGGAGAUGCAGAAUGACACCCCAAAGGAAAAAGAAAAUGAUUUGCAGAAGCCCAAGAAUCAAGGCGAGCUCACCAAAAAAGCCCCCUUGCCUGCAACAACUGAGGUUCCUGAUGACCAUUCCUCAGUGGCAAAUUACCUUGACAACCUCUGCAUCUUUUGCGGUGAAAGGGAUGAAUCCUUCACAGAGGAAGGUCUGGACCUCCACUACUGGAAGCGCUGCCCCAUGUUAACAAGAUGUGAUCACUGCAAACAGGUUGUAGAGAUUGCCAGCUUGACCGAGCACUUGCUCACCGAAUGCGACAAGAAGGACAACUUCGGCAAGUGUUCCCGCUGCUGCGAGGCCCUGCCGAAGGAGGAGCUGCCCAGACACGUCAAGGGGAAAGCAUGCAACCCUGCCAAACCCGAGAAAGUGGCCAAUCGUUGUCCGUUGUGCCAUGACAAUUUCUCUCCAGGAGAGGAAGCCUGGAAGAUGCAUCUGAUGGGCAAAGACGGGUGCCGCGUGAACCCGAGGCGGGGGCCCUCCUUGAAUAAGAGCUUCUCAUCACAGCCCGCUGCUGGCAGACCUGCGGGAACAGUGCUGAACAGAUCAGGGCCAGCCAGUACAAAGCUCCGCUCCCCUUUGGUUGGAAGCAAGAUCCCCACCCCGCGAGGCGGCUUGAAUAAAAGCACUGGCAGAACAUACGCAAAGCGAUGA